AUGCCAGUCUACGCCAUCACUGGUGCUCGCGCGGGCAUCGGCCGUGAAUACAUCCGGCAACUCUCCCAGCACAAAGAAAACACAAUCUUCGCCCUUGUCCGAAGCCUAGACAGCGACCUCUCACAUCUCCUCACAAUCCAACAAACCGCCCUCGGCGCGGUCCACAUCCUAGAAUGCGACGUCUCCUCUGAAGACUCCGUCGCCCGCCUCCCCGAGCGCAUCAAGACAGCCUCAGCCUCAUCCAACCCCAACAUCAAGAUCAACACCCUAAUCAACAAUGCCGCCGUGCUCCACUCUCGCGAAGAGACAAGCCUCAACCUAUCCUCCACAGCCCUCGCCUCACACAUAACCAGCAACGUACUCGGCCCGGCGAAAGUGCUGCAGGCACUGCUGUCGACGGGACUGCUAGCAGCCGACGCGCGCGUGGCGAACAUCAGCUCGGGCAUCGGCAGUUUGAGUCUGGUCGCGGAUGGAAGGAUCAACGCCGAGAUCACGCCUUAUAGUAUCAGCAAAGCAGCGUUGAAUAUGUUGACGGUGCACCAGGCAAGGCAGCUGACUAGUGAGGAGGCGACCAAGGGGAUGGUAGUUGUGGCGGUUGACCCGGGACAUGUCAAGACUGAGAUGGGCGGGCCGAAUGCAGUGGUGGAGGUGCAGGAUAGUGCGAGGGGGGUUUUGAGGACUUUGGAUGGUCUGUCGGGGGAGGAUAGUGGGGGGUUCUUUUUGUAUACGGGAGAGAAGCUGCCUUGGUAA